AUGAUUAACCAACUGUAUUACUUUAACUUGUGGGUAUUCAUUGUUUUUAUAUCGUCAUUUUGUCUACUUGGCGUGCCUUUGUUUGUGAACAGAAAGUCAAGCUUUACUUAUUAUCUUUCAAAAGAAACAUUUAAAAACAAAGAAGGGGUUGAAGCGAUUGUUAAUGGAGAAAAUCCGUUUUUUGACAAUCAAGAUGCUGUUCCAACUUUUACAGAACAACAACUUAAAGAAUACAACAAGAACUAUCCUGAUAAACAUUUUGAACAACAUGACGAUAACGAUGAUGUUUUUAAAUUCAAAACAGAAGGAAAACAAGAUUUAAUUGAUGAGCAAAAGUUGUAUAAAGAAACCCUUUCAAAAUGUUCCCAAUGCAAUAGAUAUCCACUAAAUCAGACUGAAAUUGACAUGCAAAAGAUGUAUGACAUUCCAAAGAUGUGCAAUGGUCGCAUCGAUGCUGUGUGGAUAUGGGUGAAUGGCAGUGAUCCAAAGUGGCGUUCCAGUUUGAAUCGAUACGCAAAGAAAAUCGACAUCAACAGAUAUCGGGAUUCAAGAGUCUUGAAAUAUUCAAUGAGAAGUGUCUCAAAGUACUUGCCAUACAUCAAAAACCACUUUUUAGUGACCGCCGACCAAGUCCCCGACUUCAUUGAGUCGCCCGGUAAUUUGACGCAUUUCAGGAUUGUUAAAAAUGGGAUUACACUUGAGGUGAUACCACACAAAGACCUCAUUGAUAACACAAUUCUGCCAACAUUCAAUUCAGAAGCAAUCGAAUCGUAUUUGUUCAAAAUCCCAAACUUGUCCGAGUGCUUUGUCUUUCUUGGAGACGACUUUUUCUUCUAUCGACCAACACCACCAGACUUUUACUUUAAAGGAGACAAACUCAUAAUACACUCGGAACAGAUAGUGCCAAAUGUUAACAAAAAUCUCAAAGGAAACCAAUUUUGGAGCUGUUUAUUUUACUCGAACAAACUCAUCAACAGGUAUUUUGAAAAGAAUAAAAAUUACAAAAACGUGGUCAUGUCACACACCCCACACAUGUUCAGAAAAAGUAUAUUAAAAGAUGUCGAACAGAUAUUUUAUAACGAAUUUUAUAAACAGAGGAAUACGAAAAUGAGAAGGUGGGACAGCACAAAUUGGGCGUUUAUGUUUGGGAAUUACGUGUUGUCUAAAGGACUUGGUGAAUAUGUUUUUCAAGACAACAAGUGUCUAUUUUUAAUGAUGAAUGAUAAUCACACUUGGAAUGUUAAGCAGAAAAUAACUGCAAUUGAGACGGAACCAUAUGCACUUGGUGUGAACGACGAUAUGAAUAAUAAAUACUUUGAAAAGGAGAUGAGGUAUGUCCACAGGUGGUUUGAAGAAAAAUAUAAGGACAAAACCGUUUUUGAGAAGUAA